GUCGUGGAAUGCUUUUAUUUUGAAAAUACAGGAAUCGGGACGGAUGUGUGUAUGUCACUGACAAGCUAUCGCUGAAGUUGCCGUUCAAAUACAGUCGGUAAGAGGAUAUCCGCGGCGCGCAGUGGGCGGUGCCCCAGCGAAACAGCUAAACAUGCCAACAGAGUGAGUGCCUCCUUUUCAAGAUAAACCUCCCUCAUCUCCUGGCUGUUCAAGCAACGUGGUGGCUGACGGCUGCAUGUUUACAGGUGUUAGGACCGCAGCCACGAUGGGCCGUCCUGGUUUAUGUUUUAUGCUGCUCGCAUUCAUUUACAACAGUUAUGGCCAAGAAGCAUUAAACCCACUUCACAGGUCCAAAAGGAUUGAGGAACAUGUUGGAUCAGAUUCCAGUGAUUGUUUGCCAAGGGCAAAUGGGCCACAGAUCUCAACAAACGCUCCCAACUUCUCUGUGGAUCUUCGGAUGCCUGGUGUCACCCCGGCUGAGUCGGACACUUACCUGUGCAUGGCGUUUCCUGUGCCAACGAGUCAUGCCGCAUAUGUAGUGGACUUCAUACCCCGGGCGAAUAUGAAUACCGUCCAUCACAUGCUGCUGUUUGGAUGCAUGAACCCAGUCUCGACCACCAACUACUGGGACUGUGGCAGUGCAAGGGGUACUUGUAAGGAUGAAACCUCCAUUUUGUAUGCUUGGGCCCGAAAUGCACCGCCUAAGAACCUACCAAAAGAUGUCGGUUUUGAAGUUGGACAGAAUUCAGGAGCAUCUUACUUUGUGCUCCAGAUCCAUUAUGGAGAUAUCAGUGCUUUCCAAGAUCAUCACAAAGAUUGCUCAGGUCUCACUCUAAGAAUGACAUCCAACCCACAGCCGUUUAUUGCUGGUAUAUACCUGCUCGUGUCUAUGGACACUGUUAUCCACCCAGGAAAAAGAGUUACAAAUGCGGACAUCGCCUGUGACUACACCUCAUAUCCAAUCUACCCGUUUGCCUUUAGGACCCACACACAUCGUCUGGGAAAAGUGGUCAGCGGCUACCGGAUCCGAAAUGGAAAGUGGAGUCUGAUUGGGAGACAGUCUCCUCAACUACCACAGGCUUUCUAUCCUACAAACCCUGACGUGGAUGUACAGUAUGGUGAUACGCUCGCAGCCAGAUGCAUGUUCACUGGUGAAGGCAGAAGCCAAGAAACAUACAUUGGGGCUGACUCGGAUGAUGAAAUGUGCAACUUCUAUAUUAUGUACUACAUGGACAGCAAACAUGCUAUCCCUUAUAUGUACUGCAUGAAGCACGGCUCUGCCAAAUUGUUUCAGCACAUUCCGCCUGAAGCCAAUAUUCCCAUUGCCAUCAGUCCCGAAAACAUGAACUCCAUGAUGCAUAUGGGACAUUCUAUGGGACAUUCAACAGCAACUCUCCUCAAAGGUCGCCAAGGUGUCACGUCAACGCUGGCCACACUUACCGAAGAGCAGCCUUUCGAUCGGGGUGACCUCUAUUCUCUCAUGUCCAAGCUGCUAGGCCAAAACAAGGACGUAGUACGCGUUCAUAAGUACAACCCCAGUAAGAUACAGAGGGUCCAGCCUGAGCUGGUGGCUCAGAUUCAUAGCUUAAUACAAAAGAAAAACUUGGGCGCCGCUGGUGCUUCGCUAGCCUUCCAAACCGGCAGGCACCCCGUUUUGAUGAGGGACAGAGUCCACAAAUUCCACCAAGUUGAGGCCGUGCCCGAGCCUAAAAGUAAGCUGCUGUCUGAACGACCAGAUAUCCAUCUGGAGCAAGACCCAAUAUGGCCACCGAAUUCCCUCCAGCUGGGUCAGGUGUCAGGACUUGCCAUUGACUCAGAUUCCAAUGUGGUCAUUUUCCACAGAGGUGACCACAACUGGGGACCACAUUCUUUUGACAGCCAGGCUAUGUAUCAGGAGAGGUUCCUUGGCCCCAUUCAACAGUCCACUAUUUUGGUUGUUAAUGCGGACAACGGCAACGUCCUCAAGGCGUUUGGAAGAAAUAUGUUUUACCUACCCCAUGGUAUAACAAUGGACAAAGACAAUAACUACUGGGUCACUGAUGUGGCUCUUCAUCAGGUUUUAAAAGUGAGUAGUGAUGGUGGCGACAGAACCAUGUUGUCUCUGGGAGAGGCUUUCACACCAGGAAGUGACCACAAGCACUUUUGUCAGCCAACCGAUGUGGCAGUAGACCAUGAAACCGGGAACAUUUUCGUCUCUGACGGCUAUUGUAAUGCCAGGAUACUGAAAUUCUCUGCUGAUGGCCGUUACCUUUCUGAGUGGGGAGCUGGCUCAUCAGACAGGAGAAGGCGUGUACCGUUCCGGAUCCCGCACAGCCUUGCAUUUCUCCCGCAGAGAAAUGAAGUGUGUGUGGCCGACCGGGAGAAUGGACGCAUCCAGUGCUUCAUAGCGCAAACCGGAGAGUUUGUUAAGGAAAUCAAAAAAGAGGAGUUUGGCAAAAGCGUCUAUGCCAUCGCCUUCAGUCCUGUUGGAGGUGAAGCUGGCCUAAUCUUUGCGGUAAAUGGACAAUCUAUGAUUGGACACUCCCCUCCUCCAACUGGCUUUGCAAUAAAUUAUGCAACCAAGGACAUUCUGGAUACCUUCAGCCCAAAGAAAAAGGAGUUCAAAAUGCCCCAUGACAUUGCUGUCACCCAAAAUGGUAGCAUCUUUGUGGGGGACGCAACCAGCAAGACUGUCUUCAAGUUUACAGCCGAGAAGACUCAUCGUUCAGUCAAGAAGGCUGGAAUUGAAGUUGAAGAACUCGAAGAAAUGGAGUCCUUUAUCCAAACCAAAGUGGUGCCAGAGCAGAACCUGUCAAGACUGCAGACCGCUCACGUCCAACAGACGCCAUAUUUGUCUCAACACCUGAAGCCCCAAGAAGAUGAGAAGAAAAAGAUUAUUGCCAAGCCAGAAAGAGAGCAAGGUCUCCUACCGGCGCUUAUCACCGUGCUCUUGCUCAUCCCUCUUCUGCUCGUCAUGUCCAUAGGAGUCUUCAUCUGCUGGAGAAAAAACCACCGGUAUGAGGUGAAAACUGAGUCCGGUGCUGUUGGAGGGAUUUUGGGAAAAAUCAGAGGUAAAACGGUCGGCAGCCUGAACCUGGGGAACUUCUUCGCCUCCCGUAAGGGUUACAGCCGUCAGGGCUUCGACCAGCUGAGUACCGAAGCCAGCGACCAGGAAAGGGACAACGGCGAGAGCAGCGAGUCUGAGAACGAGGAGUACUCCGCUCAUCCCCCGCCGCCGCCGCCGCCGCCAUCCUCCUCUUAGGGGAGCGCGAAGCUUCUGCUUACCUUGCCAGCGCGUAUGCCAUUCAUCAUCAUGUAAGCGUCGUGAGAUGCCUCAUUGUUUAUAUAUUUAAGGAUGGACGAGUUUGCUAUCGUUAAAUCCAUUUAUUUAAUCUUUGUUUAAGAUGUUCUUAAUGGACUCUCAACUUAAGCAAAAUUCAGUCAAAUUACUUCCGAGAAUUGCUUUGAAUUUGAAAUCGUUGGACAUUUUAUGGUAGCAUAAUCACAAUUUGGUUCAAAUAAAAUGUCAUAUAGUGCCUCUGGCAUAUUGCUUAAUUGAUAUCAUAGCUCUUGAAUAGUAUUAGUUUGCCAUUAAGUGUAUUUGCAACCAAAUUGUUGUUUGUUUGUUUUUUGUUAAUGGACUAUUUAGCGUCUGUUUGAGAAAUCGAGGCGUGAGCGUUUCGAUGUCACGGCGGCGAAAUUGCCAGCAUGUAAACAAUGACAUCCUCAAAAUAGCGCCGAUGCUGCCAAAUCAUCACAAUUAUUUGGAUAUGAUAUGAUAAGAUUUUGCAGAGGCGCAUUGAGCUGCCAUGCGACUGUGACACACUGUGAACUGAACUACUUUGUUCUGCUUGUUCCAUGAAAAUGAUGCUCCACAUUACAGAAAACUCCCAACUCGGCCUAUUUAAUAGUUACGUGUAUGUUUGUUUGUUUUUUUAAAUUGUAUUAUUAUUUGUUUUUUUUUUGUGGUUCAUUGCUCAUUCUAUUUAACUUUCUACAAUUUGGAAUACUGGACCUUAGCUUUUCAUCAGAAACGUGGGGAUACUGAAAAUGUAAUAUUUUAAUUGAAUGUAACAUUAAGUUUAAGAGGAAAAGGCCACUUUUCCACGCAUAUAUCUUCCGUAUAUUCUAUUUGUCUUCAUCUUCGGCCCAUGUUUCAACUCAAGUUACAUUUGUAUUGCAAUUUUGUGCCUUCUAAUAUUUUGCCUUUUCGCCGUCGUCUGCCAUCCAUCCAUUUCCUGUUGCGCUUAUCCUCACAUAGCUUGAGAAGAGCUUAGUCUUAAGGCGCCGCGUCCAGGACUACGUCACGUUCAUCUCCGUGAUUUACUCAGCUUGCCGGUCGGUGAGCUGGAGCCAAUCCCCGGCUGUCUUUGGGCGGUAUCGCAGGGCAUAUUUACUCAAGUCGGCAAUAAUACAAUUGAUUUGAUUUUGGAUGGAGAGCCAAACUUAACAUUUUAGGCCUGGAUCGACCUUGCAGUAUGUACUUCUAAUCUUGUUCAUUUGUGUGCGUUUGGAAUUUCUUGCCAAAUGAAUCAGGUAAUUGUUGAGUGGAAACUAAAAGCUUUGCAUAUGAAAGUCGCAAAAUAAUUGAGUUCAAUACAUUGGCACGAUCUUCAAGGUGAGACAUCCGACGAAGAGCUCCUCUUGAUCUUUCACUUCCUUUCGCAGAAUACCUCGCUCUCUGCUUCAUUUGUCAUUUGAAUGAAAAACAAAAAUGUAUUUAGAGCAUGCCAUAGAAAUAGGAUGUUGCAGUCACACGUGAACUGAUAUUUAUUGUGACACUGGUUUUGCUGCAAAGGUACUAUUUUAGUAACAAUGGUAUUUGUGUAAUAAAGUGUUUGCAAAGCA